AUGUAUCACUUCCAGGGCAAUCGCGAUCACGAUACCCGGAAUGAUAGCGCCGACCGACGGCGCCCGAGAAACUUCAAUGCGCGACAUGAGGCAACGCGCAGAGAUCGGUUCCGCAGACCUCCCCCACCCAGGACCGCAGCCGAGCGACCACUAUUUCGUCUGAGGCAUGAAGAAGUCGAGAAUGCUUCGUUUUUAGAUCCCCACGCAGACUCUAAAUUCCGCAACCUCGAGGAGUUGACUGACAGUGAUGAGGAGGCGAUGGCUCUGUCCGAUGAUGAGGAGCCGGAGAGAGAUACAAAGCGUGCUCGAGUAAUUGAGCCUGACACUGCGGCAGUCGCGACCGUGCCUAAAUGGUCAAAUCCAGAUCCUUACACGUCCCUGCCUCCGCUCACGGCAGGAGAGUCGACUGCGAAGCACACCGACGUGCUAAAACUUAUUCGGAAGGCGCGUAUUGACUCCUCUCGCAGCCAGACUGCCUCUAGCGCCGAUGACUUCAUUUCCUUUAGUAGGGAGGGAUCAGAUGCUGAAGACGCUGCACCACCAGCAGCCUCAUCUACUCCUCCACAGUUGGACGGAGCCAUGGGUGUGCAAUCGUCGAGAGAGGAGGGUUCGGCCACUGAAGGCAAGGUUCUUGGAAAACGAAAGAGGGGACAGACCAUUGGCAGUCAACCGCCUAGACAAUCCUCACACAACAAAAUUUAUGGAGACUCGAGGGUGCAAAAGCGGUGGGCAGUGGUUGAAGGCAUAGCUUUGGCACCCUGGUUGACCGAGUCUUAUGGUACUGAUAUUCCUGGCAUCGCCUUACACAAGGAGAUCAUCGACUUCUAUGAUUGGGUUAAGCCGAAGGACUUUGAGCAGCAAGUUCGCGCCAGUGUCUUCCGGCGCCUCGGUGAGAGUUUCGCCAAAUGCAUGAAAGGCGAACUCAAGGCUUUUGGAUCUUAUGCCGCUGGGCUUUAUCUACCGACAGCCGACAUGGACCUUGUCUACCUCACAAGUAACUACAGACCUGGACGAUUGCCAACACGUGAAGAUGGCCGAAGAGUUUUGCCGCAUUUUUCCAGACACCUUCGGAUGAACCAGAUUGCAAAGCCCAAUUCAAUUGUCGUUAUUAGCGGCGCAAAGGUGCCCAUUAUCAAGUUCGUUGAUAGAGUCAGUGGUCUCAAGGUGGAUCUGUCCUUCGACAACGAUUCUGGCAUUGUUGCUAUCGACACAUUUCAGAAGUGGAAGAAAGAAUAUCCUGCGAUGCCAGUUAUUGUGGCCAUUAUCAAGCAGUUUCUCAUGAUUCGAGGACUGAAUGAUGUGGCUACGGGCGGCUUGGGCGGGUUUUCGACAAUAUGUCUCGUGACAAGCCUCCUUCAGCAUAUGCCGCCCAUAAAACAACGAAUGAACCUCGGCGAAGUCCUGUUAGAAUUCUUUAAUCUAUAUGGCAAUGUCUUCGACAAAGACUCAGUGAUCAUCCGACUGGAACCGCCUGGAUAUGUCGACAAGAGGACUUAUAUGCCUACCGCCUUCAGAGAUAAAGAUGGUCGAUUGACUAUUGUUGAUCCGAAUCGCCCGGACAACAAUAUUUCAGGCGGCACUCGGUUGAUCGACGAUAUCAUCAAUUGCUUUUCCCUAGCUCAUCAGACUCUCUUAAGCCGACUCGAAUCCUAUGGAGACCAAAGUAGCCAGGGACGGGCCCAAAGCUUGUUGGAAUGUCUCAUCGGCGGCAAUUUCACCAUGUAUGAGACCCAGAGACAGAUAAUGUUCAACCUCUCUCCGGCUGGUUCACUCAUACCGCCCUCUGAUGGUUCUAAUCUGCCCCCACGCCCCAUCGCCACCGUCAAAGGUGAGCCUACGACAGUCGCGGGUCCCUCCAAGAAGCAAAAGACCAAGCCAUCCGUUGCUACAAAGGAGAAGACCGAUACGAAGAUGAAGAAUAGUGACUCCAGUACCUCUGAAGAGAACUCAGCACCGCGAACCAAGAAGGCCAACAAGAGUGAAAAACGAGCAAAUCGUCUGAAGCGAUUGAGACCUGACCUGGCGCCGUUGAUCCGCCGAACCAUCACCAAACCCGAAGCAGUCAGACUAGGAGGUUAUACCUCUCAGGACGCCAUGGAACGGGACCUCCAAGCAAGGGAAGCUGCCAUGCAGAAGGCGAAGGCGAAAUGA